AGCGGCUGCCAGUAAUCCACACAGUCCAGGCGGAGCCUUGUUCGUCUAACUCUGGGCGUGAACGAGCGGCCAGUGGGCGCGCCCGCUGCGACGUUGGUCAGGCUUCAAGAUGGCGGAAGCCUUGACAACUCAGGAGCAGCUGGCUGUGGAGGAGUUCCUGAGAGAAGUGAGGAGCAGGGAGCUCCCCCACAGCGCUGGGCUCGUCUCCCAGCCUACAGCUGUUAAGUUUCUUAUGGCCCGCAAGUUUGACGUCUCCAGGGCCAUCGAUCUAUUCCAAGCAUAUAAGAAUACCCGGAUCAAAGAGGGUAUCAUCAAUAUAAACCCAGACGAGGAGCCCCUCCGCUCUGAGCUGCUGAGUGGCAAAUUUACAGUCCUGCCUGGCCGAGAUGCUAAUGGUGCUGCCCUAGCACUCUUCACUGCUCGCCUCCAUCGGCCAGACAUCACCACCCACAAAGCUGUUCUGCAGGCCAUCAUCUAUCAGCUGGAUAAAGCCAUAGAGAGUUUGGAAACUCAAAGAGACGGACUCAUAUUUAUUUAUGACAUGACAAACUCAAGUUAUGGAAAUUUUGACUACGAACUCUGUGUCAAGAUUCUGAAUUUGCUCAAGGGGGCAUUUCCUGCCCGAUUAAAAUGCGUCUUCAUUGUGUCCUCUCCACUUUGGUUCCGAGCGCCGUUCGCAGUUCUUCGACUUUUUGUCAGAGAAAAGCUGAGGGAAAGGGUAUCUACAGUGAGAGCUCACGAGUUAGUCAGUCAUAUUCCAGUCUCCUCCCUCCCUGAGCAUCUUGGUGGAACAUCCCAGUACAGCCACGUGGCCUGGAUCCAGUCCUGUGUUAACAUGCAGUCCAACACCGCUCUGGGUGACACACAAGAACACGACACACAUGACUGCGUGGGAAGCCUGUUGCGCUCCUACAGCUUGGACAAUAGCAACGCAAGCAUCGGUACUGUGCCUUCCCACACCCUCCAGGGUACUGAGCGAGCCGUGGCUAAUGCCAACUGCUACGAUGACAACAAUGCUAACCCUCAGAACCACAUUGUUGGUGUGGAGGGCAGGACUCAAGGCCCAGGCCAGUACCAACAGGGCUCCAACUCCAGUGCAGACAAGUCGCAGGGGAACCACCAGCACUGGAACGGUACGGCCUUGAGCGGAGCCAACACAGGCGUUGGUCCCAACUCAAACGUGAACGGCCAAGCCCCUACCCAGUCAGACACUCCCCCCAACACACCGCUGUCACAGAAAACCAGUGACGGCCCAGCAGCUGGCAUCACAACAAACCCUGCCAGCCGGUUUCAGAACGAAGCUGUGAAGGAGGAGGAUGAGGACGAAGAACAGGAAGGGGUUCCUCCGCUGCCUCAGAAAGCUCUGCCCCGCCCACCCAACCAGGCUGCAUCGCAGUCCCCACCCCUGUCUUCGUCAUGGGGUCCGGAUGACGAUGAGAAUCGUUACACGGAGGUAUCGGUUCACAUGCCGGACCAGGGAGGAAUGACGGUCCAUCAGCUGGUGGAGUAUGUCAAGAGGAAAAAGAAGAAAGGGAUUUACCAGGAGUAUGAGGACAUUCGCAAGGAGCCUCCAGCCGGCACCUUCGACUAUUCUAAGAAAAUGUCAAAUCAGAUUAAAAACCGGUACAGUGAUGUUCUGUGCCUGGACCAAUCACGGGUCAGACUCUGUCAACUCUGUGAUGAUGAAGAUGAGACAUCAGAUUACAUAAAUGCCAGUUUCAUGGAUGGGUACAAGAGAAGCAAUGCCUACAUCGCUACCCAAGGUCCGUUGCCAAAAACAUUUGUUGACUUUUGGCGAAUGUUAUGGGAGCAGAUGGUACUUAUCAUUGUCAUGACCACCAGGGUUGUAGAGCGUGGACGGGUCAAAUGUGGUCAGUACUGGCCGCUGGAGGAGGGUAGAACUGAACAGCAUGGAUACUUUAUGGUUAAAAACACACACAUCCAGGUGUUUCAGGAUUUCAAGCUCUCCUAUCUUGAACUAUACAACACACAGUCUGGAGAGAAACGUGAAGUUUGUCACUACCUCUAUGUCAGCUGGCCAGACUUUGGGGUGCCCAAAAGUGCUUCAGCUAUGUUGGACUUUCGUGAGCAUGUUCUUGAAAGAAGGAAGGCAGCAGUGCAAAGCUUGGGGUCCAGCUGGAGGGGCCCUCCAGGGGGCCCUCCAGUAGUUGUGCAUUGCAGUGCUGGCAUCGGUCGCACAGGCACAUUCUGUACACUCGACAUCUGCCUGUCACAGCUGGAGGACGUAGGCACAGUAAACGUUCAACAGACGGUGCGGAGGAUGCGCACGCAGAGGGCUUUCAGCAUCCAGACCUGGGACCAGUACUAUUUUUGCUACACUGCCGUCAUAGAGUACGCCCAGCGACAUGGGAGACUGAGCCCAGUGCAGUGGUCCGACUCAGAAUUAGAAACAGACAGCGAGUGAGACACUCUUGCACGGAUGGUUAGUUGAACAUAAACAGAAGUUAUAGGAAUAAAUAUGAGAGGAGCAGCAUUUCUUAGUAAAGGAUGGAGGAGAUCCUUUGACCAUAAAAGAGAGAGAGACGAUAGUGGACUCCAACCGUUGCUCUUCCCUCACACAAGAUGCAGCUGAAGAGCCGGAGCAGAAAAGGCAGUGCAUUAGAAACUAUGCACUGCAGCAGCGAUAAGCAAGCUGGCCUGCCAAUAUCCGAGCCCCUUUUUUUAUAAAGCAAACUACAGAGGGGAGGGGCUUGGCCUGCCCUUACACGCCACGUUGACAAAAGCGAUGUACGACUUGUAGCAUUUUUAUAUUGACUUGCACAUGAGGAAUGAUGAACUUGAACCUUUAUCCCUUCAAGCCCUCCGAAUCCAAGUAUCAGUUCCUUUUUAUAGUUCUUGUUCCUUUUCAAACAAGUCUGGUUACAGAUGAAAUGCGAGAUGUGUGAAAAGGUGAAACUUGAAAACAUUUCUUGUUUUUUAUUUGUUUUUUGCUCAUUUAGGAAGAAAUGGUUUUUGGUGAGACAUUUUGUGACUGACUAUUUGCGAGCCAUUUUUGUUCAUUUCCAUUUUAUUCAACUAUUUCAUAUCCAUUUUUAUUUGAUGACAUAAGAUUUAUAUGCGCUUCAUAUUUGUGCAUAUUUAGACUAACUUUUUAAAGCCAAAGUCUUCACCCUGGAUGCUUGGAUGUACUCCUUCCUGUGAUCUUAUAGCAGGGGUCCCCAAAGUUGGUCCUCGAGGGCCGGCAUCCUGCAUGUUUUAGUUCUCUGCCUGGUUUAACGCACCUGGAUCAAAUGAUGGCACAUUAGAGGCCUAAGAAGAAAAGGUUGUUGCCACCAGGGAGAGAACUAAAACAUGCAGGUUACCGGCUCUCGAGGACCGACUUUGGGGACCCCUGUCUUAUAGACUGAAACCCACAUAUAUUCCUCUAACAUACAUGUAUAUUUUAUUGCGCAUAAUAACAUCCUCUGAAAUACAAGCUUACAAUGCCUAGCAGAGUAUAAUUGACUUAACCUUGAGAGAGAAGUUCUAUGUAGCAAACCAGACUGAGAAGAACUAGAGGUCUGGUCUUUAAAUGUAUCUUUUUUUGGCAAAUUUCUGAGUCAGGUUCUAACAUCAUAUUGCUGAUAUAUGCUGUACAUGCAUUAAGCCUGGACGUUCUUGAGUAAUUUGGCCUUAAUCUGAUUCACUGCCUCAAACAGAGCCUUGGAGAGGUAUUUAUACCCCUUGAACUGUUUCACAUUUUUCUUGUAUCACAACUGCAGACAUCCUUGUAUUUUAGUGGGAUUUUUAUGUUAUAGACCAAGAUAAAGUAUUUUAUAAUGUGAAGUUAGGACAUGGCUUAUAAAAAGUUUGUGCAAA